AUGGCGGACCAGGGCGAAAAGAAGGGUAUCUGGAGCAUGAUCCGAAGGGCUAGUUCUAGGAGACAUUCAUCCAAACCUCCGUCCAAGGACCUUGAACCUAGAGAGUAUCAUCGUCCUCGGCGUGCCAGUAAUGGUGACGCAGGCCACUCGCCCUACCGCCAAAGCAUCGGUUCGGCUCCCGAUCUUACAUACGAUAGUAACCGCCCCACGACCGCCGAGGACGAGUCUACCAACAUGCGCCGCAGGCAGAAAAGAGGGCAAGCUGAACCCGAGCCCGAACCCCGGUCUUCCCCAAUAAGGUCCAAGUCCUCUGGUUUCUUGAACAAGGCUCGUAUAUCCAACGGGCGGCCAGUUCGCCCUCGGGAACCCCCCACAGUAACAUGGCCGCCAUAUGGCAUCUCCAUCGAAGAUGAAUUACCUCAGCAACAUGCGCUUGAGAUCGUUGCCCGCGGUGCUCCUUCACACAAGGGUCACAAACGACCUGUUGCGCAUCAGCCCGACGAGUUCUACUCUCUACACACGACGUCAAGUGGCAAUCGAGCUGAUGGCAAGGUUUCUGACCACACCGAUGUUGCCAACCUACACGAUUCUAUGACCCAGCUCAUGACUCUGCGCCUGUUGGGGCACGGUUACGCAGACAAGCCAUGGGAGACGCUCGAGCAGCCCAGUAACGCUUUCCGCUUUGGCCAUUUACCAGGAACUAUCACGCUUAACGAAUGGGCCUCCAUGUCCAGCGUUCUUCCGCCCGCCAUUGCCCUUCGUGACGCCGGUGUCAUGCCUCGGACGAUGAGUCUGGAGAAUAUCUUUGAACGUUUACAGGAACUACGACAUGGUAUAGAGGACGAUGAUGAAUCUUUGCUUUAUCGAAUUCUAUAUAAGCGCAUUCUAAGAGAUCCCGAUAAGUUCCUCAAUCCUCAUCGAACUCUCGAUAAGCAGAUUACCGACCUGAUUCUUGUUCUUUCACGUCCGGACUGGAUCGACUUCAGCAAUCCUCGGAACCAGGUUGCUACCCGAUUCAUCUUUGAAAGAGGCCCGGAGAACCAGGAGCAGUUUCACAAAUUCUUUCAUCAGCUUCUCCUUAGUCUUGAGCUUGAGUUGCGCAUUCAAUCAGAGCAACACAGUGACUGGGCAAAGGAGAAGUUGACUUCACAAAUACCUCCAUCAAUUCAGUGGAAUCUAGCUCUAGCUAGACGUUGGCAGGACUUUGUACGUGUCGAUGACGUUGGCAGGACACCUGAAGAAAUUCUUCUGCGGUACAAAUUAAAGAAACGUCAAAUCAGAAUGCUGAGACGCUUUGCUCAGAUGAUGAGAUGGCCCAACCUGACUGAUACUCUCGAUAAUAUGAAACAGAAGGAUUCAGAAUUGGCCUUGGAUGAGGUCAGCUCUGAUGCCUUUGCCUUCUUCAGCGGUCUUGUACUGCCUGGUCAAACCUUCCCGUUUCUGAUGAUGAAUACGCUGCUGGACCUCGACCCUGACAGCGAGACUGACAACCUUGCACUUCUCUCGCACAUGCAUCCCCACUGUGGUUUCCAGUACAAGAACAGUUACACAUAUUGGUCAGCCAGCUCAAUCGUGGGUAAAGUGCUGGCACCCACGUGCCAUGCUGUCGGUGGCUGGAUCGGUCCCGCACGGUCAACAGCCGAUCUUGAGCCAACUCAGAUUGCACGAAUUCGAAGUCGAAAACCCAAGCAACGGAUGACCCCCCAGGAUGUCGAGUCGAUGGCAGAGCGUUCUGACCCGCUUGGUCCCGCUGCCGAGACUUACCCAGUGGACGAUUAUCAACCAGUUGCCCCGAGAGCUGGCCCUGAAGGUGCUGUUGAUACAGUACGGGUAGAGCUGCUGGCUCUUAAGCCGGCAGACGGACCUGAGGAUACACCAUCAACGAAGGUUUCGAAACGUUUCGACGCAACAAUCCAAUUUGCCAUCAAUGGAGUAUCAUGGCCACUCAACCUCAUGUAUGAUGUUUCGUUCUUGGCAGCUUGGCCAUGUUCCGAGGGUCCGCAUCCGCUCUUUUUCGACUACAUUUAUACGUCAAUUCGUGUAGACUCUAUCACCGGAGUGCGAGACUGGGGAAAUCUGUAUGGAGGUCCGCUGUUGCAUAGUGUGCGAUCGAGCCCCGGGCCAGGCAUGGUGGGAGGGCCAUACAAAGACAUGUUUAAUCAGAGCUUCAACCACAACCACACUCCGUUGAAUGGGUUUGGUCAACCUGGUGGGCCCGAGGAAGAUGAAAAUGAUGACGAAAAGGUCCUUGUGGUUGAAGCGUUCGGGGUACGCGACAACGAGGUCUUGGCAAGAGCUUGGUGUUCACACUGGGGCCUCAGUGCUGUGGUGGCCGAUAUUGAAAGAACAUGCAUGGCAUGUGCUAUUCGCGAAGCGUACGCGGCAACGCUGACAGUGGUGAUCCUGGUAAAGGGCCAGGAGUAUCCCAAUAAUGAGUGA